GAAGUUAGGGUUUGGUGGCUCCAUAUUUAUAUAACGAAAACCCUACUUUGUUCUUCUUCGUCGUAGCACCGAGACAGAGAGGGAGAGAGAGAGAGCGUGUGUGCCUUCUCUGGUUGUGAAAAUGGUUACUUUCAGGUUCCACCAGUACCAGGUCGUUGGGAGGGCUCUCCCCACGGAGUCAGAUCAGCACCCCAAGAUCUACCGCAUGAAGCUAUGGGCCACCAACGAGGUUCGCGCCAAGUCCAAGUUCUGGUAUUUUCUGAGGAAACUGAAGAAGGUUAAGAAGAGCAAUGGUCAGGUCCUUGCUAUCAACGAGAUUUUUGAGAAGAACCCAACCAAGAUUAAGAACUAUGGCAUAUGGUUGCGGUAUCAGAGUAGGACUGGCUACCACAAUAUGUACAAGGAGUACCGUGACACCACUUUAAAUGGUGCAGUUGAGGCGAUGUACAACGAGAUGGCUUCUCGUCACAGGGUCAGGUCCCCUUGCAUCCAGAUUAUCAAGACUGCAACUAUCCCAGCUAAGCUUUGCAAGAGGGAGAGCACCAAACAGUUUCACAAUUCUAAGAUCAAGUUCCCAUUGGUUUUCAAGAAAAUUAGGCCACCUUCCAGGAAGCUGAAGACCACAUACAAGGCUAAAAAGCCUAACAUGUUUAUGUAAUGUGGUUGUUGAAUGAGUUAAAAUAUGUAAGGGUGUUUUUUACUGCCAGAUUUUGUUUUGAGUUAUUUUAGACUAUCGCUAUUGGGUUAAUCUUUUUAAGUUUCUGUUGGAUAUUUAUCUUGAUCAUUUUGAUAAUGGAGUAGAAUGGAACAAAUUUAUAUGGCUGUCAA